AUGGUUCAGCAAUCGAGGUUUUCAGAGCGUUACAGACUUCAACAUAGGGCUUCAUUAGCUCAAAGUCACCGUCUUAUGCUCGCCAUGGAACUUCAAGAUGGCAGGCUUAGCAGCCUCGGCUUGUCCAAAGCAAUCGUAAAUCAAGAACGGGUCGCUUGUUACAGCCGUUUUUUAGGCUCUGUAUCGAACAAGAAUCCAGUCCUAGUAUUGAUUCAUGGCUAUCCACAAUCUUCAUACAUGUGGCGUCAUCUUAUCCCCCUCCUACCACCUACAGCACCGAUAUUCGUCCCAGAUCUUCCUGGCUAUGGAGGCAGUGCUGCUAUUGUCAAGAAUGAUAAAGUUUCUGCCGGUACUACCAUCUUAAACGCACUCAAAACACAAGUCAAAAGUACCUUAAGCAGUUCGUCUUCUGGCCCCAUCCCAGUCAUGCUAAUCGGCCAUGACCGCGGCGCAAGAGUAGCACACCACAUCACCAUGCAGGGUAUGGAAGGCCUAGAUAUCCUAGCAACAUGCCUAAUUGACAUUGUCCCAACCUCAACCCAAUGGCAACACCAUUCUACCCCUUCCAAAGCCUCCAAGGAAAUAACAGGCUACUUCCAUUGGCCCCUCCUUGCAAAUACCGAUCUCGCCACUCGUAUGAUUACUGCAUUUGGCCCUGCAAACUGGUGCCGGGAGAUGAUAUUGCGCUGGGCCGGGUCAUCCCCCACUGGUCUUGCGAGUCUGAAAGCGGAUGAUGCCUUGAGCGUGUACUGUGCACUCUUUGAGCAAGAGGGCACGUUGAAGGCGAGUUGCGAGGAUUACGAGCACGGUGCUACAACAGAUGUCGAGAGGGAGGAGGAGUGGCAAAAGAAGGGGAUGAAGCUGCAAGUUCCGCUGCUGCUGUUGUAUAGUGCGGCGUUCAUUGGGAGUAGGUAUGAGUUCCCGAGUGUGUGGAGGGAGCGGGUGCAGGAGGGGGUUGAAAUUCAGAGUCAUGGGCUUGGAGGUGGAAUUGGACAUUUUGGGGCAGAGGAGGCGCCUGGGGAGAGUGCGGAGGUGAUUUUAGGAUGGUUAAAAGGGCUGGGGUUUUCGGGUGUGUGA